UCUGCUAAUAAAAUGGCGGCGGCCGAGAUUCAGAUAGUGAAUCCUUCUAAUUUAACUAAAAUCGAAAGUUUUCUCAAUGAUCCGAGUUACAAAGAAAUUAUUGAGAACUCAUCGACGUUUAAUUCGCGACUAUGUGCCGAACGGAGGAUGCGAAUGCCGUUCAUCGACACACAGACCGGUGUCGCACAGAGCCACUGCAACCUAUUCAUGACAAGAAGACAGCGUAUGCCAGGACAGAAAGAAGGACAAGUUUACACAUAUCCAGCACAGAGAUGGCGCAAAGCCCGCCGCCAGUACUUAACGAUGUCAUCAACGCGAUGGGGCUGGAACGGCGCGUCCGACAUCGCGGACAACAUCGGCGAGGGAGAGAACAGCUCCGGGGUACCGGGAGACGCCCUCGCCGGGGACGACAGCAGGGACGGCUCGCAGUCUGCUGCUAAAGAUGAUCCUAAGGAAUGGUUCUACGACGAGCUAGCGAUGGAGGAGAUGGAGACGGGCGAGGAGCCGGACCCGGAGUCUGACGAGGACUACUACGACGACACGUACGCGAACAGGCGCAAGCGGCGCGGCGGCGCCACGCCCACCGGGCCCGGCUCGCGCGGCGGCCGCACGCGCAAGGCGCAGCCCGACGACACGCCCGCCAAGCGCGGCCGGGCGGGUCGAGGUAGAGGGAAGCGCGCACAAGGAACCCUGCCUUACGAAGUGCCCGGCGACAGCGAGAAGCCCUUCGGCUGCGAACUGUGUGGCGCUAAGUACAAGACGCGGCCGGGGCUGACGUACCACUUCACGCACACGCACAAGGAGCCGGCGGGCGGCGGCGGGGCGGGCGCCAGCGACGGCGACUCGCGCGACUCGCGCGGCGGCGCGCACACGCCGCCCGGCGCGCCCGCGCCGCCCGCCCCGCCCGCGCAGCCCGCCACCGAGUACCAGGACAGCUACGUCACCUUCCUCAACAACCCCGCCGUCGGCACCGGAGGUCUAGCAGCAGCAGUGGCCCGUCGCUCGCCACCUCCUCGACCAGCAUCAGCUGACACGUCCAGCUCGGACUCUGCGCACGUGCCUCUGGCCGCUGCUGCAGCUGCCGCCGCCGCCGCCGCUGCAGCUGCGGCCAGCGCCAGCGCCCCGCUCGCGCCCGCGCCCGUACCCUCCGCGUCGACGCCGCACGAUAAGGAACCCUCCGCUACUAAGCUUACGAAAGGGGCAUCACCAUCACCGUACUGUGAUUUCUGCUUGGGCGACGACCGUGAGAACAAGAAGACCGGCACCCCCGAGGAGCUGGUGAGCUGCUCGGACUGCGGGCGAUCAGGUAAGCGGCGCGGUAGGCCUCCCCGCAACGGCUUGUCCAAGACAACCUGCUACCACCUCGAGAACCGCGUGUGCGAGCGACACAGACACCUCCGCGACACCAUCAAACUGAACGGCGUCGUCGAGAUACUCAGCUCCAUGAGCUACUCGGCCGACGACUUCGACAACUUCGCCUCGCAGACCAAACUCCUCCACGACGAGUACGGACAGUACCCCGUGUCCCCCCCCUCCCGCCAGAGCCCCACAUACGACUGUGAUCGUGAUCUCGUCACCGGUUCCAAUCACUAAUCCGAGUAUUAUGUGUGUAUGUUUGUCACAAAAGUACGCAUCCACGUGUCUUUUUGUCGGUACUACCAAAGAGAAUGAUUGUUUUAUCGCUAGUUUAUAAAUUAUACAUUCCAGAUUUUAUUUCGUACUAUUAAUUUUCGAAUGAAUAUUGAAUACUUUUGGCGCAUAUUUCGUAGUUGUAAUGUUGUAAUCAUAUUAUUAGAUUAGGAAUAGCAUCACUAUAGAAUUGUCAGAAUCUGUGUCUCAAUAUAUUACGUCAUAUAUGACCAUACAAAUAUAAUAUAUCCGUAUACUAUAUCACAUAUCAUUGUGAAUUUUUAAUCUGUGUGUCGAUGUUGCCCUAUGUGAUGUUGGUGUUGCCAUGUAAAAUACAACACUUGUGACAAUGGAUGCCAAAUGAUGAGAUAUUUUAAAUUGUUGUCUGUUGUAAUGUUUAUACCUUAAUGUUUUUUAUUAUUUUUAGUGAGUACAAGUGCCUUAUCAAAAUUACAUGAUUUCAUGUACACAUAUUUAGUGUUGCCAGUUUAUCUUCGCGAAAUUACCAGAUUCUACUUAUGAUUUACAGAUUAUGUACAAAAUUUUAUUUUAACUGUUAUUAAAUUGAGUUUUUAAUAUUUUUUUCUUGUAAUUAGAUUACAUGAAAAUAAAAAAAAAAAUUUCUGCUAAGCACUAAAGACAAAGACAUCGCUUUUAUUAAUAUUCAAGUUUUUAAAAAGAGUUGAAGGAGAUAGAGAUUUUUAAGAAGCACCUAGUGUUAUUGACUACAUAACCAUGUUUUAAACUACGAACACAGCUAUAAUAUUUUGAAACUGUAUUUUGUUUUUUACUUUCCCAAGAAAUUCCAAAAUAAUGCUUAUAUCUAUAUGUAACAGUCAAAAAGUAUAUAACUUGUUGUUUACUUAUUAUAUAGUUUAUAAUGUUAAUAUGAUCUGGCAACACUACACACGUCUAGUUAUAGCUUCGCUUGAUGCCAAAUAACGGUGUUAUGGAAAGCCUACCCCCGAUACUAAAAUGUACAACUUAUUUUUAAGACAUUCUUUAAUUUAAAAGCAACAAAAAGCAUAUCUGUUUUUGUCAUUAUUAAGUGGAAUGUAUAGGUAAAUAGACUUAUGGCCUUUUCAACCACCGCCACAUAAGUUUCCGUUAAAUUAUUUAACAGAUUUUUUUACACAAAGAAUGACAAAUUUUUCAAUUCAUCUGUGAAUCAGGCGCUUAAUAACGUCAUUUAGGAAAGGUCGGAUCUUAAGUAUGACCCUACGUCGCGACUACACCCCUUAAGAAGACAGAGACAACAACACUUUGCGUCAAGCUCAUACUGAUUGUCGUUUUAGUAUUCGGGCCAUUGGUUUCCAUAUUCACCGAUCGUUCAUUUGUCCUAGCCUUCUAGUCACGCUGCAAUAAAGUCAUUCGCACGCGUUUUAUACAGUUACCCGACUACGCAGAUAGGUGUAUUGUGUUUCUUAUUAACAUUAACAUAAGUUUUAAUACGGAUUUGAGUCUUAUUGUCCCUUGAAUAACGUUUGUUUUUGAAUACCGCAGAUUUAUAUGAGUCAAAUUGAUUUGAUUCUUAUUUUCAGUGUGUUAAGGUUGACUUUUAAUGCUACGGUUUGUUGUGUCUUCGGCUUUUAUACGUGCAAUUCUUAUAGUUCUCACAGUUGUUGAUCAACGUUAAAUUUAUCUAGUUGCGUUACAAUUGUUAUUAUUCAUUGUAUUUACAAUUGUUUGGUAUAGGUAUAAUAUUUGUGCCAAGUUGUUAUUGCAAUGUAAUCUGUGUUAAUUUGAAAAUCCGUAAAGAAAACCAGUCGCCCUAGAGUCAUUUGAGAUAAGAUCAGUAUAAGAUCUUGAUUCUUCUGUAGGUGACUGACUCCUAUAUACUAUUAACGUUUCGCGUUGUAUGUAGUUAUGAGUAGACUACGUACAACUCAGCACUUACAGUAUCAAUAAUAAGUUAAUAUGAUAUCAGCGGGAGUACGUCGCAAACUUAAAGCUGAUUCGUACAUGGGCAGAGUCACUGCGCAGCUCAAAAUACUCGUCAAAACUGCCAAACAGUAACACCAGUAGUUACCCUACAUAACACUAUUAUACCACUGAAUGUGACCAAGUUUCAAGGAGUAGGGUUAUUAUGAUGAUUCAUAUUCAUAUUAGCAAAACCUUUUAUAUAUUUUAAUAUGGCAAGAAAGACUUGUUACUCUACAUAUGUAGUGUAGACAAUAGAGCAAAUGCCUUAUUUUAAGCUUAAAUAAAUAGUCAGUUUGUUUUUAAUUCAAAGGCAAAUUUGCAUUACCUUUCACAGUUUUUUAAACGUAUAUAUUUAAGUGUUGCUACUAAAUGUCAAAGAAAACAAAACUAUGUUCUUUAUAGUUCAAGUUUGAAGUUAGAAUGUCACAUGCUUACAUGUAGGACACUGUCAUGUCAGCGUAUUUCAUUAUGAAAAAGUAAUAUUCCUCGUUUUCAUCUAUAUCCACAAUAUCAGUUCUGUUGUUAGUGUUGCUAUCAAGUCAAACCAUUUAUUAACUGCACAUUAAUUUCAACAAUUAACCAAUAGACAAUGGAUCUGCAUAAAAACUUAACGUUUCACCAAUCACUGUUUUAUAAUCUUAGCUUAUUAAGUAUAUAAAUACAGCGUAGACGGGUCCCGUACAUAAUUAUAACUACCCAUUUAAUAAUUUUACAUAGAGCUUUUACGUGCCUUUUAUCAACAUUUGUAACCCAAAGAUUUUGCAAAAAUAAUGUGUUAAUUUGUCAAAAACUAUUAGGUAUAUUAUUUCGCGUUGUCUUCUAUUACUUACAUAUAUUGUAGAUAAAUUAUCAAAAUUGAAUAUCAUAAGCCACGUUGUUGGCUGACACGUAUUUUCUUUGAUGUUUUUGCCCUAACCAUCUCUUAAUGUAGGACUUUACAGAUGUGGGAGCAAGACAGCGCACUACAUCAUACGUACCGCCCUCUCUCGUCCACAACUGUAAGAUCUGCUUUAUAAGAUGUCGUUAGGACCCUAUGACUAACUCGUUUAUUCAUAGAUAUUGCGCGUACGCAUUGAACAUAAUAUCAUUCCUAUAAUUAUAAUAUUUUUUUUUAAUUUUAAGAGAAUUUUAAUCGAAAUUAGGUUUAAAAUUUAUCAUUUUUAAUUCUGACUAUUAAAUAUUGACAAUUUAUUAUCAUCAUAGUAUAUUCUUAUAUUAGCUUUGAAACGUUUAAUUUGUAAGUACGUUGCGAGUGAAUGUGCAAUCCUUCACUAAUUUACUUUUCUAAUCUCUUAUUAUAAUCUUUGUUGGACUCGUAUCCGCCUCUAUUGCUCUAUAUCUGCGUUUUCAACAUAACAUUAAACCUCGUUGAUACUUGUAUUAUCAACAUAAUCAAUGUUAUUGUCGUUAAAUUCAAGUCGUAUCAUUAAGUGCCUUAGGUUACUAGGUUAUACCUGUUUUAAUUACGCGCAAGCGCAGUGAUAGGAUUCGCGUGACAUGUUGAAUUUAAUAGCUUCAGUAGCUGUUGACAAAUUAAAUUGUCAACAUGCACUCUUGAAGCUUAUGCCGCUUAUAACAACUAAGUUACAAAUAUGUUUUAAUACUAAACUCUGAAAGUUCCACAGUUCUAUUUGUUUUUAAACUGUUAUGGAAUUUAACAAUUGUGGAAUUUUCAUAACUGAAACCUCUGUUAAUUUGUUAUUUGAAUGAUAAAAAGAGCUGAAUGCAUACUAAAUAUUGGUUUUUAACUUACUUACAACAAAAACAUAUUCCCAGUAAUAGAGCAAAGAUUUUCAAUUGUGUCCAAUAUCGAUGUGUAAUGAAUAAGUUCGGCAUAGUACCGAUGUACUUAAUCUGCUGAACGAGGGGCCUACCACUUUAAUGAAGCACUGUUGCAUUUGUACAAGCGAGAUAACGCACUACACUCCGUUGAGAGUGUCUCUCAAACAACUUCCUUACUAGCCAAUGCGAUAAUCAUUGUAUGAGAAUGACAGGUUUCUGUCACGAGUAAACGAUGCGAAAUGUCAUUUCCAUUCAAUUGUGACAAAGUUGAUUAGAGUCUGUAAUAACGGUGGUAGGCCCCCAAGCGUUAGGCUAGUUACCGAUUUUAUAUUAUAUUAAUAUCGUCUUGUCUGUUAGGUGCCUUAGUAUGUGCAAAUGUACCCUUUAUAGAUUUCGUAUUUGUUAAAUGUAUCUCUCUUGUGUAAUUGGUGUUUAUUUGAGCUUAUUUAGCUGUUCGUUCAUUUUUGAUUAUUACAUUUUUAUAGUUUUUUAUUUCCGUUUGUCUGGUGGAGUUAGUAAAUUGACUAGCUCAUAAGAACAAUAUAUACAAUAAGGGAUAUUAUGUAAUCGGUUAGCUUCGGUCUAUUACCUUAGUAAUUUGAAUGAUCUGUUCUACUAUAUGCAUAUGAACAUAGUCUUUUUGACGAUUAUUUACAGUUUUAAACUGUUUCAGUCAUGGUUUUUAUUUGUUUAACCAUGAAAUGAUUUAGAUUAUUACGUAAAAAUACUGAACAUAUCUUUGAAUUACAGUUAAGAAAGCUCAAAUGAACACCCUCUAUGUUAUAUACACUCUCGUUGACAAUGUUGGCUAUAUUUAUAAUAAUUUUACUAUAAUCACUAUAGAUGCAUGAAUAGGAAAUGUACUAAAAUAUUUAAUAAUAGUUAUAUUAUCGAAAUAUAAAUACAUUUUAUUUAUUGUCAAUUUUAUGUCGUUUACAAAUAAGUCAAUAUUAUUUAGAUAGACUCAAUUUUUGCGAAACUUGUGUCGCGUGGUACUUAAAAGUACCAGUUAUUUGUAAUUGUUUAUCGAUGGUACCAAAUUAUAUUAUUGCCUUAUGUAGGUAGUCUCGGCAAUUUAUAUUAUUAUUAUAAUUAUAUUCCAAAGUUAAAUGCCUGCAGGGAAGUGCAUAAAUGCGGAUACCCAAAGAAUAUAUAGAGAAAUAUAUUUGUUUUCUUAUUCGUUACAUAUAUUCCUUUCUAGCAUAAGCCCGAGAAUAUAUAAAAUAUUAAUGUUUUUAUUUAUUUUUUUGUAAAACACUACUUUAUCAGAAUUAAAUUGUAUGAACUCGA